AUGAUUCUCGAUCUAGAGCGACCCAAACUCAGCCUCCAACAAUUGAACGCGCUACCACCCGCAGAGUUUCAUAAAACAUUUGAAAAUGUUAUUGAAUGCUGGCCAGAAGCGGCCAUAUUCUGUUCAGCUUUAUUGCCCUUCAAAAGCUUCGACGCAAUGAUUGCCGCAUUUGAAAAUUAUCUGGAACGUCUACCCGGCGAUACCAAGCUGAAGAUUCUGAAACUUUAUCCAGAUCUGGCAGGAAAAAUGCUCGACACAAAUCAACUAUCGGAGGAUUCAACGAUUGAGCAUGCAUCCGUAGGAUUGGACAAUUUGUCGCCAGAGGACAAAAAGAAACUAACUGAUCUGAAUGAAAGUUAUAAAAUCAAGUUUGGAUUCCCAUUUGUGGUUUGCGUUCGGGAAGCAUCCAAGUUCGAAGUUAUUCUUCGCAGCGUAUCGGAACGAAUUCACCACACCGUAGAACAGGAGCUGGAGAUUGCUUUAGGAGAAGUGAAGAAAAUUUGCCGCUUGCGUAUAUUGCAAUUGGUUGAUAAUUUGUAA